GUUAGUUUGUGCCAAACUGGCGGGCCCUGUGCGCACAAUUUCAAACGACCCACAAAAAGGAGGUGCUCCAACUGCAUUCUUUCCAAGAGUGCUGUUGACUUACUUUGUCCGUAUCAGUAGAUAGUCUAUUAGCGGAGUUGUCUACCGUACGGUGGUCAUCAGUGUGAGAGUGUCCAUCAAACGCUUGGUUGCGUCGUCGAAUAAGGACUUCCCCUCGCUCUUUUCCUGUUACAGUACCACCAAAGAGCUUUUAGUUCCCGUCAUACACCGGCAGCAGCAGCCCCAACCAUCCGUCAAACAAGGCACCACUACUCUACUCAUCAUACAACAACAAUACUACCGUACUGUAUCUAUACACUCCACUACGAACAAUGAGCAACAAAACCACACCGACGGUAUCCUUGAUGAAGGAGUUGAUUGGAGGAUGCAUGUGUCAAGUGGGAGCAGGUCCCCAAGCGUCCAACGACAAUAGUCGAUCCUCGCAAUUCGUCAGCAUUCACGGCAUUGAAUUCAUUGGUCUGGGAGCCGUCAUUGACGAACUCACUGCCAAGGAACGCGUCUACGAUACGCUCGAACAGCUCACCACUCGUACCGAACGACUCAUCUCCAUUGGAUACUUGAGUGUCGAAGAUGCUUCGCCGACAAGUAAGACGGCCAAGAUUGCCGUCGAGACAGUGCCUUUGGAUGUAUGGGAAAAGACGUACCCCAACGAUCAAAGCAUGGCCAAACACGUCAAGAAAAAGAUUGCCAAUAUUACGUCCAAAAAGUUUGACGCAUCCAUUACCGAGUUCCACAAUGAUCUCAAAUCGCAACGCGCCAAUCCGCAACGAGGGACCAAUGGACUCGUCGCGGGCAUUACGGCACACAAUCUAGCCGUCCUUCAUGUCUUGGCGGGAAACGAUCAGGAAAUCAUUCCACUCUUUCAAGAAGCCAUUGAUCGCAAACGAGAUGCUUUCGGGCAUGAUCAUCCACAAGUCGCCAUUUCACUCGAUGAAAUUGGCAUUCAAUACUUUGCCGCCGAACGAUUCCCGGCAUCCCUACAAGCCUUUCAGGAAGCACGACAAAUUCGGGCUCCUACCGCACACAACAAUCCCUCCAAAAUGGCCAUGGUACUCAAUAACAUUGCCUGUUGCCAUUUCCAAAUGGGACAGCAUACACAAGCCUUGACGACGCUCGAAGAAGCACGCAAUAUUCUAAAGUCGUCUGCUGCCAAUGCCACGGAUCUGGAUUUGCUCCAUGUCGCCAUUACCAAUUGCAACUAUGCCUAUCUCUUGUUGCAGGCCAAGAAAUACGAGGAAGCGAGAGUCAUCUUUGAAGAAGAGUUGUUGAUUCAGCAAUCGGUAUUAGGCGACAAUCAUCGAGCAAUACGAGACACACUCAGCAAUAUCGAGUUCACCAAUGCCUUUCACUCAUAGAAUACAAUGACAUGGAAGUCUUGGGAUUUGGCAAAACUAUGACUGUAGUGCAAACGUUUUCAUGCUGCUUUGGAUGUGAGGAGCCCAGAUGGAUUGAUUGGAUUGA